AUGGCAUUCGGCCCCGCCAGCUUAAGCGUUGCAGCUGGCGGUGGCGCUGGCGUCGGCGUCGGCGUCGGAAUUGGUGGACGAGGUGGGUCAGCAACAACAGCAACUACAACUCUAACAACGACAACAGCCAGUUUGCCACAUGUCGUCACAGCAGCAAUAUGCACAACAACAACAAUAAUAACAACAAAAACAACAACAACAACAACCACAACAGCAGCAACGAGCACACCACAGUUUGGGGGCUGCGUUGUAAUAAAUCACCACAUAGGUGGCGCACAUUUGUGUAACUGUAACUCCUCUGCCUGCACCCAUCCACACAGUAGCAGUGGUGCCGCAGUCUCAACGGCAUAUGCCGCUCAUCAUACGCUCUACAACACGCAUCAGCAGUCCCAACUAAGGCGCGACGAUAACCUCGCCAAAACUAGCUGAAAGUCGUAUCGCGAACAAAUACUAUCACUGCCACAGCAACAACAACCACAACACCAAGAACAACAACAACAACAACCACUGUCCAAGAAGAAAGGAACGUUGGCCAAACGUGGACGCAACGCAAACAGCUCGAACAAUGCCCCCAAACAGCAACCAAAGGCUUCCACACAGCGCCCCAAAACCCACACAUACACCAAGCUGAAGCAAACAGCGGGAGGCUUUCAGCCACUGCCCGUCAAUCAGAACGAUGAUCUCACCAGCAGCAGCUCGUCGCCAUUCUCCUCAUCCUCCCAGCAACAUUCCUCACCGGACUACGAGGCCGAGGAUGAGAAUGAGGACAAGCAGUGUAAAACGCACAACAACAAUCAAAAUGAGAGUCUAAUGCAGGUGCAAAGUUUUCUCAAAUAUUUUGGCGCCAGCGCGGUAUAUGCAGCUGCUUCAGCAUCAGCAGCAACAACCACCACAACCACACCACCCACCACCACCACAGUGGCAACAACAGCAACUACAACGAUGGCACUCAAUCGGCAACCAACCGACACAGCAACAUUGUGUAGCAACACAGGAAAUAAUGAGCUGCGCACUUGGCGUCAAAAUUAUCGCACAAACACAAUUGCAACAACAACAACAACAACGACAACUGGAGUAGCAACAGCAGCAACAGCGAUUGCAACAAAAACAACAACACCCACACACACCCCGUCCACAAGCAGACCACAAAAAUUUCAAAUAAACACAAAAUUUUUGCGCAAGCCACGCAACAAGCUGAUGAAAAUGUUGCCAGCAGCAUCGGCAUUGCAACAUACUGCGGCAACACCAGCUGCAACAACAAGCGAGCAGCAAACGCAAUUAUUUAACGAUGAUUCCAACGCCAAAUUCAAAGACUUUUCAAUCGACUCACUAUUGAAUAAGUAAAAUCAAUAUUUAAAAAACACAUACACACAUGAAAAAACAAGAAAAAAACAUUGCAUCAUACAAAAUACAUAAAUAAAUCACUAGCCUUAUGAUUUGUAGCCUAAUUUUGCAUAAGACGCCAAUAAUAAUAGCAACAACAACUCCACCAGAGCCCAUAAACCGCGUUCCUAGUUUCCUAUUUACAAUUUUUAUUUAGCCAAUCGUACAGAUAGCAAUUAUAUAUUAUAAUAAUUAUAUAAUGCAAUUAUCCUUAAGUUGUUUAUUUAUAUUCGAAAGUAGUGGCUCAGUUCUAUAACUUAUGACUAGCGCUUAGCAUACCUAAGGAAUGUACAUACAAAUACAAAUACAUAUAAAUAUAUAUACACAUAUAUAUAUUUACUUAAUUACGUGAAUAAAUCGA